AUGCUGCGGCAGAGUGACCACAACCACUACAACCUCCACUAUGACGACCACGACCACGACUACUACGACGACCACGACCACGACCACUACGACGACCACGACCACGACCACUACGACGACCACUACUACAACCACUACCUCUACCGCUACGACCACGACAACCACCGAUACUUUGACGACGGCGACCACUACGACCACCACUACUAA